AUGACGAGAUCCCAGGACAAUCAGUGGAAGAGGGAGUGCUCCUCAGAGGCCAAGGAGGAGCAGAGGGGGGGCCGCUGGUGCUCUGAUGCAGCCCCACAGGAAGGCAUCAGGCUCCCACCUCGCAAGAGGUGGAGGGAGUAUCUGUCCCUGAUGGAAAAGGAGCAGCAGGAGUCAUUGCGAUGCCUACGCCCUGCGCCUUUGACCCACCUGGGUGACAUGGAGAUGCCCUGUGGCCUGAAGAGGAAGCACCUGUGCUCAGUGCUGCCUGUGCACCACGAGGCCUUCACUCGGCUGCUCGAGGAUCCAGUUAUCAAGAUCUUCCUAGCCUGCGAUGAAAACCUGAGGGCCUCUGACAAGUAUCUCCUGGCCAUGGUCAUCGCCUACUUCAGCCGGGCCGGCCUCUUUCCCCAGCAGUACCAGAGGAUCCAAUUCUUCCUGUCACUAUACCUGGCCAUUGACAUGGAGGAGGAUGACCAGAUUCCUAAACUAGCCAUCUUAUGGUUUCUCUACAAAUGGAAUUUGAAAAUGAUUUCUCAGUUCCACAAGCUGCGCUACCAAUUCAUCUGCUGCAUGGACUGGAACCUCAGGGUGACCCGAGAGGAGUGUGAGGAGAUCCAAGCCUAUGACCCUGCACUCUGGGUGUGGAGCCGAGAUCGCGCCCUCAUCCCUGGACCCUGGUACCCUGAGCACAGUGCCCUCUAG